AUGUCCAUCAUAAUAUUUCUACUAGUUUUUAUAUAUCCAUCAUAUUCAUAUUAUUCCGAAGAUGAAGAUUGUCGAGUUCGACCACCGUCACCUGGUAAGCAUUUUUGUUAGAAAACUGUUGUCUCAAAUUUCAAACUUUUUCAGAUCAUCCAAACAUUGUUAUUCUUAUGAUUGAUGAUUUGGGUUAUGGUGAUAUUGCAUCUUACGGUCAUCCAACUCAAGAAUUCACACAACUUGAUAGAAUGGCUUCUGAAGGAACACGGUUUACACAAGCAUAUUCAGCUGAUAGUAUGUGUAGUCCAAGUAGAGCUGGAUUCAUAACAGGUAUAUUUUAAAUUUUCAUUUUAUGGAAAAUGCGUGAAAUAUGACGUGGCAAUUGAAGAAAGACAUUUCUUAAUUUGAAUGUUCCCAAAGAAUGAGACGUGUUCACGUGAAUAAUUUAUUUUGUUUGAAUUAUUUCAUGUUGUUUCUUUGCACUCUUCACAUUAUGUUCUCACCCAUUCAGGGGACCACAUUUCAAAUUGUGCAAAGUCUGAUACUUUUCAAUAAAAAUUAGGAUGAUUAUGUCAAUGAUAUUAUUCGUCUAUAGUUUUAUUUUGAUAGUUCAGGAAAUCUGAAGUAAAAUUAAUCCAAAGUUCAUUUCCUCAAUGCAAUAUUUGCUAUCUGAAUUCGUGUUUAAUUAUAUACAUAUAUACUAAAAAAUAAUAAAUAUAUGUUUCUGACAUAUGCGCGGUACCAGGAACUACACACUUACAUCACAUUUUUUUUCAAGCAGAAGAUUCAAAAAUAAAUGUUUGGUCCAAAGUACAAUUUGCAGGUCGAUUACCAAUUCGAUUAGGCGUGACUGGUGGUAGAAGAGUAUUUGUGCCAAAAGAUAUUGGAGGAUUGCCAAAAACUGAAAUAACAAUGGCUGAAAUGCUUAAAGAUGCUGGUUAUGUAACUGGAAUGGUUGGAAAAUGGCAUUUGGGAAUUAAUGAAAAUAAUUCAAGUGAUGGUGCACAUUUGCCAAGUCGAAGAGGUUUUGAUCAUGUUGGAAUUAAUUUACCGUUCACAAAUGUUUGGCAAUGUGAUACAACUAGAGUUGGUUUUGGUUAUUAUUUUUGUUUUCAAAAUUAUAUGUUUUUUUGUUUAGGAAUUUUAUGAGCUUGGAGCUGAUCCAAAUUUAUGUUUCCUUUAUGAUGGAGAUGAAAUAGUUCAACAACCAAUGAAAUUUGAACACAUGACUGUAAAUCUUGUGAAUGAUUGGAAACGAUUUUUGAAAAAUCGAAUGACAGAAGAUCAAUCAGAAAGACCAUUUUUCUUCUAUUUUUCAUUUCCACAAGUUCAUUCAACACAAUUUGCAAGCGCAAGAUUCAGAGGUUCAAGUGUAAGAGGUGAGAAUUAGUUCUGAUCUGUUAUCACGAGAAAAAAACCGGAUAUACAUAAUUAUCAAAUUAAAAUAUACAACAAAAAAGAGAGAAAUUCCAGGAAUUUAUGGUGAUUCGAUAAAUGAAAUGUCGUGGGCGGUUGGAGAAGUUUUGGAUAGCUUAAUGAAUGCUGGGAUUGCGGAAAAUACACUUGUUAUUUUGAUGUCUGAUCAUGGACCACAUGUUGAACUUUGUCUAAAUGGCGGUAGUACUGCUGGUUUAAAAGGUAUAAUAUAAAUCUAUAUUCUUUAAUAUGAAUCUCGAGCUCGUUUUAGGUGGAAAAUCAAAUAGUUACGAAGGUGGAUUCCGUAUUCCAUUUAUUGCAUGGCAACCUGGAACAGUUAAACCAAAUCGAGUUUCUCACGAGGUUAUUUCAAGUAUGGAUUUGUUCCCAACAUUCCAAACUUUACAACCACAGUGUAUUUUUACAGUAAGUUACAAAUAAUUUUUUCUCUUGAAAUCAUAUCAAAUUUUUUAGCGUCCUGCAAAUCCAUCAGAUGGAAUUGAUAUUAUCAAUGAAUUACGUGGUGUAACACAAGAAGAUGAAGAAGGAACAUAUGGAAAACUUCGACCAAUUAUCUAUUAUUGUAACUCAAAUCUAAUGGCAAUUCGAAUGGGUGAUUAUAAAGUUCAUUAUAAAACUUCACCGAUAUUUUUGAAUACAUCAAUUGAUCCAAAUUUGGAUUAUUUCUGUCCAAAUGGUAAACCGAAAAGUGAUUGGUAUGUAUCUCAAAUUUGUCCCGAUGAACAACUUCAAAAACAUUAUCCACCAUUGGUAUUCGAUUUGAUUCGUGAUCCAUAUGAACAAUAUCCAUUACAAAAUACUGUGAAAUCACAAGAGGUACAUAACACAGAUGAAUGAUUAAAUAAUUAUCAUAAUUAAUUGAUUGUUUUUAGAUUCGCUUUGAGGCAACAAAAAUACUGUCAGCUCACAAAUCAUCUCUGGUUAAAGUUCCAAGUAUGCUCGGACAUUUCAAUGAAUCUGUAAUUCCCUGUUGUAAUCCACCACUUUGUUCAUGCGAUAAACUUCAACAUCGCCAACCACCUGGGGUUAUUCCAAUAACCAGUGAUAAUUUUGACAAAACUGAAUAUUUGCUUGUACAACGUUUCUUCUGA